AUGGAAGAGUUGUACCAAAUUGAUCCAUUUUAUUCCGUGUACUACUUCGACAAAUAUGCAGGUCAUAACAAUCUGACAGCUGAAAUGCCUGACACUAGAACUGGGCAAAAACCUCUUGAAUUUUCCGAAUCUGUAUUUCGUGGAGCUUUGCACCCUGUAUUAUGGCUAGACCAGUUCGGUGAUGUACACUGGAACGAUGCAGCAGAGCGGGAAAUGUAUCAAUAUUUACUCAACAAGCAAUAUCCAAAAUUUUCGAAUAUUAAUGAAUCAUCUAGUUCAAGUGAUCGUGCUGAAGCAUACAUAUCCGAUUGUCAGUCCAGACAGUUGAUCAUUUUACCUCAGUGGCUAAAGGGAGGUUUCUUUAGCCGUUAUCACUGUUUUAUUGAACAGUUCGGACAGACAUUAUAUUCUCCCUUGAUGGCUGUUCUUACUCCUAGACUGUUUUAUUUCUCGAAUGCAGAUCAAGAUGAUUACUUAGCCGAAGGCAUCUUGGGCUAUUUGGCACCAAUGUCGCUGUGCUCAGGCUAUAUGCAUCACCCAAAAUUAAAAGAUUUAAGUCUGAACAUAAAAACUUUAACUAAAGAAGAGCGACGAGAAGGUAACAAUUAUGUCAGAAUUGAUACGAUUGAACAACUACGUAGCUCCACAAUCAGAGCUAAGAACAAACAGCUUCUCGUAAUCCCGCACGUUUGGAAGUUUAGUUAUGAGCAUAUACCGCAUCGGCGUUGGCUCUUCGAUUAUGAUCGCAUUGCAGCGAAGCAUAAUAUCCAUUACUAUUCAUCGAUAGCUGAUCUAGUUGAUCAUUCGAAUGAACAUAUCUAUCGUUCAGCAAAUCUGACGUUUAACCCUGAUCAAUGGGAGCCGCGUAAUCGACCAUGGCAAAGCUAUUCAGAUAAUCUACAGAAUUCAAAUUCUACGCUUACAUGGAAAGACAAAGUUUUUACUUCAUUCCUUCGCUACAUGUUUAUCUUAUUUUUUUAUCAACCAGUUCCACGUGUUCAAUUUCUAACGAAGCUAUUACAUCAACAUUGGAUUACCUAUUUGGCUCAUAAAACGAAGCAGACUUACGAGCUAGAGGCGUCAGCGAUGGCAGGAAUAUUUAUUAGACGAGGAGAUAAAAUGUCGGAAGAUUCAUUUUAUCUGAAACAUGGAUAUUGGAGAAACAUCUCGUUAUAUAUCAAAGGCCUACGUGAUGAAGAAAGAAGACGACACUUUAAGUUUACUCCCAUCUUUGUUUUAACAGACGAUGCAGACGUUAUGAGUUCUAUUAUUCAGUACUCGAAUAUAUCUUCAGUGAGUAACGAUGAAAUCUUCGCGCGGAAACAUCUGAGUGGACGGCAAAUAAUCUAUAAUAUAUACGCUCCUCAACGCUGUUUUAAUCCUUUUAAUCGCGUUGGUUUUGAUCAAUUUCUAGUAAAUAUUAAUUUUUUAAUUCAAUAUUCGAAGUUUAUCGUUGGACAUACUGAUUCAAAUAUUGGUAGGUUUUUAGAAGAAAUCAUAUACGCACAAAGCCAGUUAAAUGAGGGUAUACAAACGCAAACAUCCGUGAAGAACGCGCCUGAUACAUAG